AUCCACAAACUGGAAAUCAGGAAUUCAAAUUGAAAUGGCCGUGGGGAGCUACAACUACACCAUUUGGCCUUUCUCUUCUCAAUUAGGGUUAAGGCCUCAACGACGAAGGUCUUCUCCCACGGCUACCCCUUGCUGCUGCUGCUGUUCGCCUCAAGCCUCUCUUUCUCCCGUUGUUAGCUCAACACUCUCUGAGAUUAAAAGUUCAGGCGUAAUCGCUUGCCUUCGUGCCCAAAGUGCAGAGCUAGCAAUUGAAGCUGCAUGUGCUGCACUUAGGGGUGGCAUCUCAGUUCUGGAGAUUGUGAUGUCCACCCCAGGUGUGUUUGAGGUUUUACAGCAGCUGGUGAAAGACCAUCCUACCAAAACUUUAGGAGUUGGGACUGUUUUAAAUGCUAAGGAUGCCAAAAGCGCCGUAAAUGCUGGAGCCAAAUUCCUCAUGAGUCCUGCAAUGGUAAAGGAUAUUCUGGACGAUGCGAAAGGCAGUGAAGCUCUAUACAUACCCGGUGUUAUGACCCCUACAGAAAUAUUAUCUGCACAUGGUGCUGGUGCGAAAAUUGUAAAGGUUUAUCCUGUGUCCAUGUUAGGUGGUGUUCGGUACAUAUCAGCUCUUAGAAAGCCUUUUUCUCAUAUUUCAAUGAUUGCUUCUCAGGGCAUAACAAUAGAUUUAAUUGGCGAUUACAUUGCCCAGGGAGCAUCAUCAGUUGUCUUGUCAGAUGCUAUAUUUGGGAAAGAGGCUAUGGAUCAUAGACGUUUCAAUCUAAUACAUCAACUUUCCCAGCUUGCGGUUUUGCGGGUCUUCUCUCGCAUUUUCCUCCUAAUAAACACCAUAAAAGCACAAGUAGGGAAAACAACCACACAGGCACCUCCAACACGUCCUCUCCUCUACUGUGAACUAAACACACACCUACAUACACAUUUUGUUGCUCCGCAUACCAGCGCUGAGUUAUGAGGUAGCUCAACUUGGCAUAAACAAAGUCACUAGUAACGUGUCCAUAAGUUUUGGAGGUAUGCAAGGUACAUAAACAGGCUCAAAAGUAUUGGACACAAUGCAUUGGAAAAUUGAUGAAAGAGAAAAAAGUGAACUUACUGUACGUAGAUCUUAAUCCAAAAUUGGGCACGGCUGUCUAUUCUCUCUAUCUAUAAGAAUAUCUAUAUGUCACGUCUCCAACAUUACAAGCAAUUCAUCAAACAUGUCGAAAUAUUCGAUCAAUAUAUUAUUCUUCUCACAAUGUGGUACAGUAUAUAGACUGGAUACAAGGUAAAAUAAGGAAAGAGAAUAAAGUCAAAUCAAAUCCCUAAUUGAUUCUACCUAAUUGAGUAUCUUCCUAAUUACAUUCAAUAUAUUAAUUAUAGUCAACACUCCCCCUCAAGCUGGAGUAUAAACAUCGUGUACUCCCAGCUUGUGACAAAUAGUAUCAAUGGAAGUCUUGGAAAGUGCUUUGGUGAAAAUAUCAACCAAAGGAACAAAAGGAGUGUUAAUAUCUUUAGAUUCCACCUUUGACCGAAUGAAACGACAAUUAACUUCAAUGUGUUUGGUCCUCUCAUGGAAUACUGGAUUAUUAGCAAUAUGGAUAGCAGCUUGAUUAUCACAAUAUAGAGGAGUAGGAUUAUGUACUGGAAUCCCAAACUUUUGUAGAAGUGUGCGCAACCAAGUCAACUAACCAGCGGUAUGAGCUAUUGCUCUAUACUCUGCCUCAGCACUAGAACGUGCUACAACCAACUGUUUCUUACUUCUCUAUGUCACAAGAUUGCCUCCUAUAAAGGUGCAAUAGCCAGUAGUAGAUCGACAAUCAACAGG